UAUUUUGAAAGCACUUCCGGCGGUGCUGCGGGUAUGCCGGGCGGGUUCGCUUUCAGCCUCAUCAGACGAGCGGGACGCGCACAGCGGGCCGAACGCGUCUUGGGAGUCUUCUUCGCACGCGCCUUUCUACCGACGCACACGCGCGUGCACGCGCCCCCAGUGACAAGUGCCGCUGCGCGAUGACGUCACGCCAGUGGACGUUGACUUUGUGCUUCUUUCUGUUGCUGUGUGCCCACCUUGCUCGAGGACAGGCGCAAGCGUCUCCUCCGAGGAGGUUCCGGAGCAAAGUGCUGAGUCCGACGAAGCUUUCGGUGUCCUGGAAGGAGCCCAAAGGUCCGCUCGACGGCUACGUGGUGGCGUACAGCGCCCGGCCCGGUGGCGAGGAGACGGAGGUGGGCGUGGCCAAAGAGGACGCCGAGCUGCUGAUCGACAGCUUCGACGCGAGCAGAGAUUACGCGUUCAAAGUGUUUGCCCUGAGGGGGGCGCUGAGGAGCAAACCGCUGCUGGCCAAACACCAAGCUCAGCGGUCAAGACAAGAAACGCUCGCGUCCCAAAGUUCGCAAGAUGGCCGGGCGGCGCACGCCAACGCCGUUGCCGAAGGCGAAGACAGGUUCACGUGCGCCACGGCGGCCGCCGCCGACGUGGCGAUCCUGGUGGACGGCUCGUGGAGCAUCGGCCGUAGCAACUUCCGCCUGGUCCGAAGCUUCCUGGAGAACCUGGUCCGGGCCUUCACGCUGGACGGCGACCGGACGCGCGUCGGCUUGGUGCAGUUCAGCGGCGAGCCCAGGGUGGAGUGGCACCUGAACAGUCACGUGACCAAAGCGGCCGUCGUGGACGCCGUCAGGAAUCUGCCGUACAAAGGCGGAAACACCCUGACGGGUCUGGCGCUGACCUUCGCCCUGGAGAACAGCUUCCGAGCGGAAUCGGGAUCCCGGGCCGACGUUCCCAAGGUGGCCAUCCUGAUCACGGACGGGAAGUCCCAGGACGACGUGGUCCCGCCCGCGCGGACCCUGAGGGACGCCGGCAUCCGAGUGUUUGCCGUCGGCGUGAAGAACGCGGACGAGGACGAGUUGAAGGCCAUCGCGUCGCCACCCGCCGCCACACACGUUUACAACGUGGCCGACUUCGACGCGAUGAGCGACAUCGUGGACGAGCUCACCGGGAGCGUCUGCCGCACGGUGGAGCAGCUGGCAGUCGGAGGAGGUCCUUCCCCGCUGCCCGACGCCGUGGCUCCUCCCCGUGACCUGGUGACCUCUGACAUCACGGCGCGUAGCUUCCGCGUGCAGUGGACGCCGCCGGCCAGUGAGCCGGAGCGCUACCGCGUGGUCUACUACCCCGCGAGCGGCGGAAAGCCGGAAGAGAAGGUGGUCCCGGGCUGGGAACGCAGCGUCCUGCUGGACCACCUGAGUUCUCGGAGCGAGUACCAGGUGGCCGUGUUCGCCGUCUACCGCAGCGCCGCCAGCGAGGCGCUGAGAGGAAGCGCCACCACACUGGCCCUGCCCACCGUAGAGCGCCUGGACCUGUCCGAGCCCACCCACCGCACCGUGAGGGUCCGCUGGGGGGCCGCCGCCGCCGCCUCGGGCUACAUGAUCCUCUACGCGCCGCUCAGCCGGGGCGAACCCGACGACGAGAAGGAGGUGAAGGUGGCGUCGGACGUGGAGGAGGCGGAGCUUGAGGGUCUGUCGCCGUCGACGGAGUACACGGUGACGGUGUACGCCAUGUACGGCGAGGAGGCUAGCGACCCCGUCACGGGGCAGCUCAGCACGCUGGCGCCGCCCCCGGCGAGCAAUCUGCGGCUGACGGACGUGGGCCACGGCUCGGCCCGACUCAGAUGGGACUCGGCCUCCGGCGAGCCGGCGGGCUACAGCGUCGUUUACGCCAGGAGCGACGGCGUCGAAAGCAACCAGGUGGAGGUGGGCCGCGAGACCACAUGGUUGCUAAGCAACCUGAGCCCUCUGACCGAGUACACGGUGGGCGUCGUCGCCACGUACGAGGAGGGACGAGCGGAGCCGGUCACGCGAAGCUUCUCCACAGGGAACGUUCCAGAACCGGCGGACGUGAAGACCCACGACACCUCCGCGACGGGCUUCUGGGUGUCGUGGCGGACCCCCGCUGACGACGUGGCACUCUACCGCCUCGGGUGGGCGCCCAUGGAUGGCGGCUAUGAUGGCGGCAGCGACAGCGGAGAGGUGAUGGUCAACGUAAACACAAACACCUACAUGGUCACUGGACUCCGCCCCUCCACCGAGUACGAGGUCCUCAUGAGCGCCAUCUACAGGAACGAAGUGGAGAGCGAGCAGGUCGCUCUGCUGGAAUCCACCGUCGGGAGAACAAGCACUGUUGCUAUGACAACCACCACCGUUGCAGCUCCUCGUUACGGCGUGCGGGGCGUGACCGUCGAUGACGAAACCGCCUUUAGCGUGCGGGUGUCAUGGCAACACGCGGACGCCCACGACGUCCGCCAUUACCGCCUCAGCUACGGCAGCGCAGACGGCAACCGAGAGACGAGGACGCUUCCGCCCACGCAGACCGCUUUGGUUCUCCGACCGCUGUCGGCCGACACCCGCUACGAGAUGGCCGUCACCCCCGUCUAUCCGGACGGAGACGGACCGACGGUCACGGCCAGCGGACGCACGCUUCCACCGUCGCCUCCGGGGAACCUGCGCGUGUCCGAGGAAUGGUACAACCGCUUCCGGAUCAGCUGGGACCCUCCCGGUUCUCCCACGACGGGCUUCCGCGUGGUGUACCAGCCGCUGUCGGCCCCCGGACCCGCCCUGGAGACCUUCGUGGGCGAGGACGCGAGGACCAUGAUGAUCGUCGGCCUCCUCGGCGGCACCGAGUACGGCGUCAAGGUCCUGGCGUCCUACGGCGGCGGGUCCAGCGAGGCGCUGUCGGGCCGGGCCAGGACGCCGCGUCUGGCGGUGACCGACCUGAGCGUUUACCAGCAGAGGAAGAGCAGCCUGUGCGCUCAGUGGCGGCCGCAGAGACACGCCGGCGCCUACAGGGUCGUCAUCGAGUCCGCCGGCGGCGGUCACGUCGAGGAAGCCGAGCUGAGCGCGGGAUCCAGUCGCCGCUGUUUCGAUAACCUGAGGCCCGACACGCCGCACGAGAUCAGCGUUUACGCGCGACUGCAGGACGGAACCGAAGGCCCGGCCGUGUCCGCGACCGCCAAGACUCAGGCCGCCCCCACCCUGGCGCCCACCGCGCCGCCGACCACCGCCCCGCAACCCACGAUCCCCCCCGCCAAGGAAGUCUGUAAGGCAGCCAAGGCCGACUUGGCGUUCUUGGUGGACGGUUCCUGGAGUAUCGGCGACGACAACUUCCUGAAGAUCAUCGGGUUCUUGUACAGUACCGCCGGAGCGCUGGACCAGAUUGGACCCGAUGGCACACAGGUCGCCAUCGCUCAGUUCAGCGACGACACGCGCACCGAGUUUGCGUUGAACGCGUACGACGACAAGGAGCGCCUCCUGGAUGCCGUCAACAAAAUCUCCUACAAGGGAGGAAACACCAAGACGGGUCGCGCGAUCCAGCACGUGAAGGACAGCAUCUUCACGGCACAGGGCGGCGUCAGGAGGGGAGUCCCCAAGGUCCUGGUGGUCCUCACCGACGGCCGAUCGCAGGAUGACGUCGACGAGGUCUCAGAGGAGAUGCGGGCGGAAGGCUUCGUCGUCUUCGCUAUCGGCUUCGCUGACGCGGACUACGGCGAGUUGCUGAGCAUCGCCAGCAAACCCAGCGACAGACACGUCUUCUUUGUGGACGACCUGGACGCCUUCAAGAAGAUCGAAGAGAAGCUGGUGACCUUCGUGUGCGAAGCUGCUACGGCCACAUGUCCUUCAGUGGCCAUGAAUGGCGGCACCGCUCCCGGCUUCCGCAUGAUGGAGCUGUUUGGGCUGCUGGAGGAGCGCUACAGCACCCUGGCUGGCGUUUCCAUGGUACCCGGAACCUUUAACGCAUUCCCGUGCUUCCGCCUGCACAGUGACGCUCUGCUGGCUCAGCCAACCAGGUUCCUCCACCCUGAAGGUCUUCCGUCAGACUACACCAUCACGCUGCUGUUCCGCCUGCUGCCCGGCACCCCCCGGGAACCUUUCGCACUCUGGGAGGUCCUGGACCAGGACCACGAGCCGCUGGUGGGCGUCAUCCUGGACAAUGGGGGGAAGACGUUGACCUUCUUCAACAACGACUACAGAGGACACUUUCAGACCGUCACCUUCGAGGGCCCGCACGUGAAAAAACUUUUCCACGGAAGCUUUCACAAGCUUCACGUGGUGAUCAGCAAGACGAGCGCCAGCGUGCUGGUGGACUGUCAGGCUGUGUCCGCCAAGGCCAUCGAGGCGGCGGGAAACAUCAGCACGGCCGGAACGGAAGUUCUGGGCAGGAUGGUUCGAUCCAGAGGGAACAAGGACAACUCGGCACCGUUUGAGCUCCAGAUGUUUGACAUCGCGUGCAGUACCACGUGGGCCUCCAGGGAUCGGUGCUGUGAACUUCCUGGUCUGCGUAACGAGGCCCAGUGUCCUGCCGUGCCCAAGGCCUGCACCUGCACCCAGGACAGCAAAGGCCCCGCAGGGCCUGCCGGACCCCCUGGAGGGCCAGGAGUACGAGGAGCCCGAGGUGAUCGCGGAGUCCCGGGCCCAGUGGGGGCUGGCGGAGCAGCAGGUGAACCCGGAGUACCGGGACCCCAGGGAGCGGCAGGACCGAUGGGGCCCAGCGGACGCUCCAUCAGGGGUUCCCCAGGCGCUCCAGGGGAGCGAGGACAGAAAGGAGAGUUAGGUCAACAAGGUCUGCAGGGCGUGGCCGGCCGAGUGGGCGUUCCCGGCAGAGAAGGACUUCCUGGCCCCCGAGGGCUGUCGGGCAAAGACGGCCCCCCCGGUCGACCGGGCCCCUCCGGAACGAUUGGGAGUCCAGGAGUCCCGGGGGCCCCCGGCAACACGGGACCCCCAGGAAAACAGGGAGAACUUGGACCCCCGGGUCCACCAGGAACCAAGGGUGACAAAGGGGAACGGGGCGACCUGCAGUCCACGGCCACGGUGCAGACCAUCGCCAGGCAGGUGUGUGAGCAGCUGAUCCAGAGUCACAUGGCUCAGUUCAACGCCAUCUUGAACCACGCGCCCAGCUCCUCGGUGACAAUCCGCACCGUCCCGGGACCUCCUGGAGAGCCUGGUCGAAAUGGGUCCCCGGGGCCCCAAGGGGAACAAGGGCCCUCUGGAAGGCCCGGUUUCCCCGGACAAAAUGGCCAGAAUGGGCAACCUGGAGAACGAGGUCCCCCAGGGGAGAGGGGUGAAAAGGGUUCUGCUGCUCUGGGAGUUCAAGGCCCCAGAGGACCUGCAGGACCUCCUGGUCCUCCGGGCCAAGGCAGACUCGGCAGCCAAGGCCCGUCGGGAAGACCCGGAAAUCCGGGAGCACCGGGACGCCCCGGCGUUCCCGGGCCGGUGGGCUCCGCCGGGCCUCCCGGUUACUGCGACCAAAACUCCUGCGUGGGCUACAACGUUGGAGUCCAGCUGCCAUCCAACAUCUUCCCCAACUACGGCGAGGUAGAGGAGGACGACCCGUACCGCUACUACCAGCCCGACUACCCGCCGCCGCGACCCGUCCAGGACCCGGACCUGGACACGGACCGCUCAGAACUGGAGCUGAGCCCCCGGGAUGAAGGGGCGGGGCUGGAGAGGAGGCUCAGGAGAGGCGGCGUCAGGAAGUGACGCCAUCCAAGGGGCUGAGUGAGGAGGAGGUCCGGCGGAGGUCCGCUGGAGGCCCGGUGGAGGGAGCGUAGCUAACACAUGUAAUCUCUGUACAUGCUUCUUGUUCAACAGAACUUCCUGGAGGUCAGGAAGUCAUGCCCCAGUGUAACCCCGCCCACCCGCCAGUGGGCAGAUGAGGCCACACCUCUGCGUCCGAUUGGCCGCCGUCCAUAAAUGCGAUGACGCUUGACAUCCAGGAAGUGUUUGAACAAGCUCGGGGCAAAGUAAUUUAUUUGGACGGCUUCCUGUCCGGUUUGUCAACACAAUAAAAGUCGUCGAGUACA